AUGGCUGCUCUUACAGAGAAGUUUGGCCAACCUCACCAACUGGCCCUACAGAAAAUAGCUCAUGUUAUGGACUCCCCAGACAUCAGAAGAGGGGACACAGAAGGCUUUGAGAGGUUUGCCCUGCAGAUAAGAGCACUUGUGGGCAUGCUACAGACCCUGGGCCAGGAGGGAGAGAUAGAGCUCCGUUGUGGGUCCCAUGUUGCACGCCUCCUCAGUAAACUUCCCACUGAGAUGAGGUCAGAGUUCAAAAGAUACAUGUGCCGCAACGCCACUGCAGUUUAUGAUAUGAUAGAGUUUUCAGCGUGGCUGCAGUUAGAAACAUGGUGCCAAACCAGUGAUGGACACAAGGGGAGUUAUGGAGUGAAAGAGAAAGCUCCCUCAAAGCCAGACCGUCAUCGUGAGUCGAGGCAGUUUCCUCGCUCCACUAAUAUCCUUCACGGAGCAGAGGAUCUCACUCCCAAAGAUGAAAGUGUUAGUAGUUCACCAGCAAAUAAGAAAGGCAAGAAUCCUAAAGCUUAUUGCCCCUACUGCGACACCGAAGACCACUUUCUAAGUCAGUGCGCCACCUUCAAAUGCUUCGAUAAGAGCGAUGACAAGGUCAUAACUCUGCCUCUGAAGUAUGGGUCAUCCAGCGAGUUCGACGGUGGCGUCGUUGUGCUACAUGUUUCAUGUUACCCUUGA